AAACAAAUUUUUGACUUGUGUUGCAAUGUGGUUUUUUCUUUCCUAAGCUCUGCCUUUUCUAUUUUAUUUUUUUUAGAUAAUGGGCCGCAUUAUCACAAUAGUCCAGUCCUCUUUUAUCUCUCUGAGGUGAACAGAGUUUUUAACUUCACACUAAAGGAAUACAACAACAUCAAAGCUGGAGAGGGGAAAUCCCAACCUGACUCUCACUUCGGGCACAUAAGCCAUAAAAUCGUUCGGUGGGUGCGUUUGGGCAAUGACCUAGAAAGUGGAGAGCAGGUUGCUGAAUUUAUACAGGUAUGUAAAUGAAUAUAUUUUUUACUAUUGACUCUUUAACCUCUAAAAUGGCAAUAUUGCAUACUGAUUCCAAUUUCCUUUUUUUAAAAAUCCUACAUUUAUAGAGACGAUUAGAACUAGGCGAAUUAAUGCCAAUGUUUUUGUUUGAAUGGUAACUGUUACACCAGUGACAAUAUGCUUUAGAUCACAAGUGCAAAUUUUAGAAUGGGAAUCCCUUUACCUAACUCAUUCCAGACCAGUGUAAAAAGGUUAAUGAAGUAUCCUUUCUUCUUAACAGUCUCUGAUGGAUUUUAUUUAUAACCUGUAUAGUUCUGAUCAACUUGAACAACAAUACUCUAAAAAAGCAUAUUAGGUGUGCCAAAAUGGCCAAACUAUGGUCUUUGCUCAUUAUUUUUUUUUCUACAGAUAUCUUUACUAGUCAUGCUUUGAAAUGUCAUAACCAUAGUGCUAAAGUUUAAGUCUACACACCUUUUUCAAAAAAACUUUAAUUACCAUAUUUUAUCGGCUAUAAGCCGAGACCCUAAACUUUUAACUCUUAAACUUAAUAUGAUCGUCUUCAAACAUAAACACAAAACAUUUAGCUAUAAGCCGAGACCCAGUUCUUAAAACGUAUAAGAGCUCACGAAAAAUUUUAAUCACAUUUAGCUUUUAAAAUCUGUUAAAAUGAAAUGAAAGAAAGGGUUAAUUAUCCAACUGCACGGGCAAUUCGCUUGAAAAGCAAGGUGUCAUGAAUAUUUAACAAAAGCUAGGCUUACCUCUCGGGAAACAGCUGUAUCAAUAUUGUUACCUACUCAAUACAAUGGCUAAGAAUAAAAACAAAUCACAGUUAAGCUGAAUUUAACGUGAUCCGAUCAAAUGAAUAAAAUUGAAUUCACGGCUUGAUCAUAUGAACAUUCCGAGUUCAGAGACCUGUCUUAAACAAUCCUGUGUCGAUAGUCGUUCAUUGUCAAUCCGUUAUCAUGCCAAAAGCCCGUCGUACAUCAUACAAUCUAGCGUUCAAACUUAAAAUAGUCGCCGAAGCAGAAGCCGUCGAGAACAACUCUGAGAUCGCAAGGGAAUACGGCAUCAGUGAGUCAAUGGUUCGUCGCUGCAGAAAAGACCAAGAAAACCUCUUCAUAAAUAAAACUGCGAAAUAAAACUGUCCGCAAAACGUAAAACGAUGGGCUGUUUUACACCAAAGUAUCCCGCGAUGGAUCAAAGACUGCUGGAAUGGUUUUCCGAGCAGAGAAGUCAAGGUGAGAAUCAUGUGACAAGUUUGUUUACACAUCCGUGGGAACAGAACAUUCUCAUUGGUCAGUUUUUGAUAGUUGUCAAAACAUUAGUAUCAUUGCUUAUCUGUUCUAUGUUUCCUUCGUUUUAGGAAUUGCUGUCGGGUGGACUGAUGUUGCGUUUGAAGGCGAAAGAAUUCUGUGAUGAUCCCGCAUUCAAAGCAUCGGUAGGCUGGUACAUAAACUGGAAGCGGCGCCAUUCCAUCACUCCCCGAACAAAGACCACCCUCGCCCAGCGUCUGCCAAACGAUCUCAAAGAGCAAACAGUAAAAUUCCACCAGUUCGUGAUCGCAGCUCGUCAGCGCCGUGGAUACCCCUUGUCCAGAAUUUUCAAUAUGGAUGAGACACCAAUGCGGUUCAAGAUGCCAUCCAGCCGUACUCUGGAAUUCAGUGGCAGCCGAACAGUUCCCGUGAAAUCCUGUGACACAGAGAAGAGAAGAAAGAAACGCCGUUCUAAGUUAGAUAAAGCAGUGUUGGAGGGAGAUCCCGGAGGAGAUGGUGAGGAAAUCAUUUUUUACUUGCGGCAUCUCCAAUGCCCUUGACGGCACCGAGGAGGCCCCCAGCUAUGAAGAGGAGCAAGACAAUGACGCCGAAGAAGAUGAGAUAGAUGAAGAAUUUGAUACGGAAAGCGAAGAUGAGCCAUAAGCUGACAUCCUCGAACGUGCAGUUCACAACAGAAAACAAACGGUUCCUUUAGGAGCCACCACAUAUUAAAAGUUAAUGACCAAUAACUCUUGCUUUUUUGUCCAUGUGUUUUGCUCGGCUUGUAUGCGAAUAUAUGCGGAUUUAUCUUAGUUUUAUUAAGUCCAUAAUUUUUGUUCAGGUUAAACUCUCGGCUAUAAGCCGAAUCCCCCUCUACAAGUCAGAUUUUAAUUCAAGUUAGGCUAAACGUGUAAAAGUCGCUCGGCUUAUAGCCGAUAAAAUACGGUAACUGGACA